AUGGGUGGUGAGGAAGGAGACAAGCAGCAACCGCAGCAGGAGCGCAAGGCCGAGGAAAUGACGAGUGCUGAGCGUGCUGAGCGUCGACAGAAACGACACGAUGAUGCAGUGCCUUCGAUCAUUGGCUGGGUUUCGACGGCUCAGGAUGGCGUGAAUGAUACGAAUAUUCCAACGUAUUGCUCGAAUCUCGGCUUGAACGGAUACAGUUUCGUCAACUAUCCAAUUGGUGGCAUUGAGCGUGACCAAUGGAAAGUGAAUAAGAAUGAAACACCUCCACCGAUAAAUCUGCCCGAUUGGCAGUUGAAACCACAACUGUGGUCCGUCUAUGUGGUUGGUCGUAUUUCAAGUUGGAUCGAUUGUGAUUCAACGGAUCCUUGGCUAGCCGAAUUGUCGGCUCGAGAGCUUGAGAAGGAGUUCUCUUAUAUGUCUUUCAUGCCAUUACGGGUCUUAACUCUUGAGCUGAAGCAUCGUGAUUCACCGCGUCUAGCCGAAAUUCUUACGAAAUGGUUGUGGACACAAAACAUGAGUUUUUGCGUAUGGGUUUUCGUUGCAACCGAUGAGAACUGUUAUCCAGUAGUUGGAGAGGUGGAUAAGCGGGAUCUCUGGGCCAUAUGGGCUGAUUUUCGAACGCUGUGCACGAACUAUACGAUGCAUCGACUGGCUGUUGGCCUAAGGAUUUGUGCAGAUUUAGCGGAUGAAUUUCUUGAGCCGAAACUUUACGGACGCUGGAACGCUGAACCGUUGUGCGCAUUCUGGUUGGAUUCGUCGAUUUUCGUUCAUGGCGCUGCCGAAUUUGAUUAUGCCUUACCUCAUAAUCUGAAUUCGAUUACGAUUUGCCUGCGAAAUUUGAAUUUCAUUAUGCCUAACCUUAUUGUCAAAAUGAGUGAAUCGUUGUUAAUUGUUUCCAUUUUUAUUGCCCACAAUCGUCUACUGUCGGAUCUGUUUGGUUCAAUGCAACACCGCAUUCUUGUUUGUAACGAGAGCACAAAUACGAGUGCGUAUAUCCGUGAAAUUUAUGUGGGCGUUAUAAAAAGAUUAGUGGAUGCUAAAAUACGCCAGUCCUAUGAGGCAUCUCCGGAUAGUGGUGAAAGUAUAUUGCUGGAAUACUUAGGACACCCCGAAUAUGUUGACGCAUUACAGAUACCUCUGCAACCGUUAGCCGAUAACUUAGAUUCUGGAACGUAUACGACGUUCGAAGAGGACGCUGUCAAGUAUCAUAAAUAUCGAGAGGCCAUCGGUUAUGCAAUCGAUGAACUUGUCUCGACGAUUGGUGAUGAGCGUCAAAUUGUCGUGUUCUUAUUGGGUGCUGGUCGUGGGCCUCUGAUGCACAUGAUAAUGGACGCAGAGAAGUGUUUCAACGACAAAAAUCGCUCUCGACGCGAUUUACUGAAACUGAAACUGGUAGCGGUCGAAAAGAAUGCAAACGCUGUUGUGACACUACAAUACCGUAACCGAACUGAAUGGAAUGAGCGAGUGACAGUAAUAGAAUGCGAUAUGCGUGCGUUAAGUGAGUUGGUACAUGCAGAUAAAAUGGAGAGGCCAGAUUUGGUGGUGUCUGAACUGUUGGGAUCAUUCGGCGAUAAUGAACUGUGUCCGGAAUGUUUGGAUGGUGUGAAUGAUAUCGUUCGACCGACCACAAUUAGUAUACCUCAGAAAUACACGAGCUAUGUUGCACCAAUACAAUCGGUUCGUAUGCAUCAGAAGGUUCUGGCAUGUAGUGAAAGUAAGUAUUUCGAUAGGGGACUACCAAGCCGAGGACGGUUAUUGCCACAAAAACACGCUGAUGGAUCGUAUAAACUACCGCUAACCGAUGAUGUGUCAUCGUUAGAUGAGAUCUACGUUGUAUACUUACGAUCGAUUUGUGCGUUGGAUAAACCGAAGCCAGUGAAUACGUUCAAGCAUCCAAAUUUCGAUUCGACACCGAAUUGUCGGCAACAAAUCAUCGAGUUUGAAAUGGAUAAACAAUGCGAAGAUUCCAAAACCGGUGAAAUGAAACGAACCGAGUUGCAGAAUCGUAACGGAAUGAGCUAUUAUAUGCGACUUUAG